AUGCCCUCCAAAAGUUGUCCACACUGUGGCAAACUGUUCCUCACUGCCAAUGAACUGAACAGACAUAUUGGCCACUCUAAAAAAUGUCUCGCUGAUCACAAGACGGAGGUCACCCAAGCUAAUGAGCAGGAGCCACUCGACCUUGAUGAGGAUGAGGCCUUUGGAGAUGUUGAUCUUGAUAUUGAAGUGGAAGAGAUGGAUGCAAACAGUUUUAGCAUUGAGCCACUGGAUUUCAAUGAGCCUAGGGCAUCUUCACACACUGCUGACUUGGAACCAUCAUUAUGA